ACAAAGGAUCCAUACCGGAAUUUUACAAAUGGCUCAUGUGAAUAGUUCUCUCUCUGAUACAAUGAGCCAAGUUCUCGGUCUCAUGGAGGCCUUUCGAGCCUUCGACUCCGACAACAACGGCUUCAUCACUUCCCAAGAGCUUGGAGGGAUUCUCUCUUCCCUCGGAUACAAAGCUACGGAAGAAGACGUGAGAGCGAUGAUGUCGGAAGGAGACAAGGAUCGAGAUGGUCAAUUAAGCCUUGCAGAGUUUCUUGAUAUGAACACAAAGUCGAUGGAAGUAGAAAACGGGGGCAUUCUGAUCGCUUUGAAAAGUUCACUGCAGCUUCUUGAUUUCAAUUGCGACGACGACGAAGUCACCCCCGAGGAGCUGUUUGAUACAAUUGAAAGUUCCGGGGCCGGUGGGAUAAGUUUUGAGGAUUGCGAGGCUAUCAUUUCUGCAGUUGACGGUGACGGUGACGGAGCCGUUAGUUUUCACGACUUCAAGCUUAUCGUUAGCUCCCUCCAAAAGGAUUGAUCACAACGAUGUUUAAUUAAUGCAUGAUCAAAUUAUGAUACACCACUACAAGCUUUUUUUUUAAAUGAUCAAAUUAUGUUGUAUUUCCAUAAAAUUAUAAAUAAAUAAAUAGAUAAAAUUAUAUAA